AUGUGUCUGUUCCAAGAGGGCACCGAGGAGUAUGAUUGGUGGAUUAGUGUCCAAAGUCAAGAUGGGAACUCCAAUGCUCCACCCAAUGGCAAUGGAAACACUGCUACAACACCAAAGUCUUGUCCUAUUUUUGAUGUGACUCCUCGGGCUCCAAUCUCAACAGAAGCACAAGCUCCAGUGUUUGAUGUGACACCAAUCUCCAUGGCUCCAUUCUCGAGCGGGGAUGCAGAUGGACCAUUGAAAACACAAGAAGAGCCAGUUGUUCUAGUUAGCAGCAGGGAACCAAGUCCGGACCUCAACAAGGAGAAGUUGAAGAGUAAGGACGAGAAUAAGCUCAAUAGCAAGAAAAGAGUAGGGAGUCCAAUGUCAGCCGGAUCAAAGUACAAGAAAAUCAAGACAGAUUCAAAGAUGGAAGCAAUGUACCAGUACUAUGUCAUGAAGAGGUACAAGAUGAAGAAGAUGAAGAGAGGGGAAAUUGAGCCUCCUUUCAUUAGGAUUGGUGAUUUCCACAUUACCUACCCCAACUUCCAGAAGUCGUUGAAGCCACGUGCUCAGAUUUGCAACGAAGUCAUGUCUUUAUUCAUCGAAACCUUCAACAUUGAACAAUUGUCGUCUUCAAAGAAGCAGAAGAAAUUUGCUUUCUCUGUUUUAAUGAGUCUUCAACUCUCUGUCCACCCAGAAGUUUUUGAUCCGAGUGUUUGUGCAAGAGAGCUGAGGAAGGCGUGCCAAAAUUUUCAGAUUUCAGGUUUCGACCUACUUUUCUUCACCAUCGUCCGUGAUGGCCACUGGAUUGUCUGUGUGGUUAACCUCUUGCACAAGGAGUUCAAUAUGUUUGACUCUUUGGAUGACGGGAAAUUGGACGUUGCUGCAAGGAAUCUGUUUAUCAAUUUCAAGAGGAUUGCUACCGAAGAGUCGGAUUUCACAGUGGAUCUAUCUUCUUUCAAAACAGACUGGCCCGUGCUUGACUACCCACAACAAUCAACUCACUUUGAUUGUGGAUUGUUUUCAACAAUGUACCUUGAAAAUUUUGAUGGCCAAAUGAUGAAAGAUUUCAAGAAGCAAAAUAUGCUUGAUGUGCGGAAGACCAUUGCUUCGAAGCUGUUUUUCCAUCCUUUGAACAAGGUCUUCCCUGCUGAUGUGCAUAAGGCGAUCAUAGCGGCUUGA